AUGCAGUUCUUUUUCCCAGUCAUUGCAACUGAUCAAAUAUAUGUCAUCUGCAUUGAUUUGGAUGUUUAUCAAACAUCCAUACACAUACUUGGCAACUCUUCUGCUGAUGGUGCUGGUAUUGCCAAAUAUGGUGAUAUACCAUUUCUUUUGAAAGACUACUUUGUGAGAUAUUUGAACCAGAGGGAUUCAUACAGUGCUGCAAACAGACUAAAAAAGAUUACACCUCAGCGAAUGCUAAUGCAAUGGAGUGAUACCGAGAAGAAAGACGAUUCUGGAGUAUUUACAAUGUGCAUCAUGCAAACAUACAUGGGAGAUGACAGUAGUAAAAAUAAACAAUCAGAUCUUGCAGACCUCAGGGUCAAAUACAUAACAGCAAUUUUAACUGCUGAAAUCAAUGAACUGUCUUGA